ACGGGAAUUGUUAUUUUUACUUGAUUUCCAGUUGACAGAUAACGGUCACGACUAGUGACACAGCGACUAGGAUAUCAUAGCUACAGAAAUACAAUGAUUAACAACAGAGUAAACGAGUGAUUACCAUUAACUCGGGACAUUCGUAGAUGUGAGUGUGGACCAGCAGAUUCACUGACGACAAACCAGCAGCCAAGGAAAUUGAGAGCAAUGGUGAAAGGUCACCCAGUGCAGAUUGUCCUUGCCGACGAGGAUCACAGUUUUACAUUGGAUGAAGAGGCAUUAAAAAGUGUUUUACUGCAACCAGAAAUUAGAGACAAAAAGGUUGUGGUGAUCUCUGUUGCUGGAGCCUUCCGUAAGGGGAAGUCAUUCUUGUUGGACUUUUUUCUCCGAUACGAACAACACACAGGUCCUACAGAUUGGUUAUCAGAUGAAGAACAACAGCUCGAUGGAUUUUCUUGGAGAGGUGGAUCUGAGCGAGACACUACCGGAAUAUUAUUAUGGAGUGAACCAUUUAUUAUACCAACCAGCUCUGGAGUGGUUGCAGUUAUUUUCAUGGACACCCAAGGUGCAUUUGACAGUCUUUCAACUGUUCGUGACUGUGCUACUGUGUUUGCUCUAAGUACUAUGAUUAGCUCAGUCCAGGUAUAUAAUAUCUCUCAGAACAUUCAAGAAAAUGAUUUACAACAUCUACAGUUAUUCACAGAAUAUGGUCGAUUAGCACUGGAUGCCAAUGAUAAUGAGUCCAAACCUUUCCAGGCUUUAACAUUUUUAGUAAGAGACUGGAGUUGUUCCUAUGAGCACAGCUAUGGCAUGGUUGGAGGAAAUGAAAUCCUGGAAAAACGUUUUGCUAUUACUGACCGACAACAUUCAGAACUUCAACAACUAAGGAGACAUAUUCGAUCCUGUUUCCAAUCCAUAAACUGUUUUUUGAUGCCACAUCCUGGCCUGAAAGUCGCUUCAGAUCCCAAAUUUACUGGAAAAUUGAAGGAUAUUGAACCAGACUUCAGACAAUAUUUACGCUCCCUAGUUAAUCACAUACUGGCUCCGGAAAAAUUAGUUGUGAAAGAAAUCAAUGGUACUAAGAUAACUUGUGGAGAAUUGGUGGAAUAUUUCAAGGCAUACAUCAAGAUCUACCAAGGAGAAGAAUUACCGGAACCUAAAUCUAUGUUAGAGGCCACAGCAGAAGCUAACAACUUGGCUGCCGUUGCAUGUGCUCGCAAUUACUAUUCAACUAAUAUGGAAGCUGCAGUUGGAGGAGACCGACCUUAUCUUCAUCCAGAUUGUUUGAAUAAAGAUCACGCAAAGUUCCAGGAGGAAGCUCUAAAAUUAUUCCGUUCCACAAGAAAAAUGGGCGGAUCAGAGUUCAGUCAUUCUUACGAGGAGAAACUUCAAAAAGAAAUUGAAGGGUUGUUUGUGAACUUUUGCAACCACAACGAGGGCAAAAACAUUUUUAAAACUGCUCGAACCCCUGCUGUCCUUGUUAUUAUGAUGAUUUUCUUCUAUUUUGGAGCCACAUUAUUUGCUUUCUUUGGACUCAGCCCAGUGGCAGCACUCUUUAACUUGAUUAUGUGGAUUGUUCUCUUAUUGAUCAUUGUUGCAGGUUAUGUUCGUUACAGCGGAGAAUACAUUGACAUUGGUUCUGCAAUCGAUCAAUUAGCUGAGAAAAUCUGGGAAAAUGUUAUUUCUCACCUGUUGGCAAAAGCGGGAGAACAAACAGCUAAAUAUGCUGUCAAGAAUCAAAUGAAAAAUAAAAAAGUCUGAACAAGCAAAGGGCAGCCAAAAAAUCCCCACAAGAAAAACAAAGAGAAAACCUGUUGAAUUAUUGCAGAAAAAAUAAAAAUUAUCAAAAAAAAAAAAGGUUAAAAUAUUUAAAAAAAAUAUUUUGUGAUUUACCCAUUUUUUCACUCAACUUGGAGAAUAACACUUCUCUUUCUAAUAACUUUCUCAUUCCAAUUAUAGGAAACCUGGAAAACAUUCUUUUUUUUUUUUUUAAGAAUUAACUCUUCAACUCAAUUACAGUUGUCUUCAUUUCACUUUUAGAAAUGUCUUUUCAAUAUGUAAAUUGAAGUAUUUUCAUUUUUUAAUUUAUUAUUUCUGACAUGAUAGAGAAACUUAACCUUUCCACCCCCCUGCAGACUCCUUUAGAACCUUCUCGACCUUUCUUUUAUGUGUAAAUAGCCUCCUUCUUUGUUUGUCAUUUUCAAUUUUUCAUUUUUGGUGAGGGGAAAAUAAAUGUUAGCUAAAUAUUAUUACCAAUAUCAUUAUAAUUAUUAGCAUAACAUCUGUUUGUUAAGACCUAGCUAUUGCCUCAGCACCAAACUUUGAUCAUUCCUAAUAAUAAUAAUAAUAACAGUAAUAAUAAUAAUAAUAAUAAUAAUAAUCCUUCCCAUCAUUAAAAAUAUCAUAAACUAAUAAUUUUCCAUUGGUUCAAUAUUUCUUAAAAUUAAGAAAUUUUAAAGUUAAGAAAGUUUCUUAAAAUUAGGAAAUUUUAAUCCAUCAAAAUUGAUCCACUCCGUGUAAAGACGUCUUUUUUUAAAAAAUUUCUACCUAAAUAAUCCAUUGAGUUAAUUCCACUAACUGCUGUUUGAUUUUUAUGACUUUUAAUAGCUGAGAAAUAAACUGAAAGCUAUCAGCUCUGAAAUAGCAUUGUAUUGUGUUGUUGUUGUUGUUGUUGUUUAGCUUUAAGGUCAGCCUGGAUCAAGCAGACCUAUGAUCAAAAGCAUUCCAGCAAUGACCAUCUCAUCUUUUUUCAGACAUACUGCACAUAGGACUACAUUAUACAAUUUGUCCUUCUGUUUGUUUUUAUUUUUAAAGACAGCAGAGUGUGAUUUGAAGGAGAUUUGGCUGCUAUUUCUGACAGGUCGAGCGACCGCGUAGAGGCUCCCUCAUUAGCUCGCUGUCUUAGCACAUUAUAAUUGUUUAUAAACAGUGGUUUUGAAUGUUUUAUUGAAUGAAAAGUUAAAUGGUUUCCAGUUUCUUAGGUAAUUUUUUUUUUCUGUACAGUUUCAAAAACUAACAAAAUAAAACAUGUGCCUUUUGGAGUCUGUACACCACUGCAACUCUUCCUCAAUUUCCUGUCUCUAGAAUCUAUGAUGUGUAGAUCACUGAUGAAUGCUGCUUCUAUUGAAACACCCUGUCUAACCAUUGCUAUAUAUAUAAACAUAUAUAUUUUCCCAACCCCACCUCAUAAUUGUGAACUGAAAUCACACUGGUUCUGGCUCUGGUUCUAUAUCUUAAUCGCCAUCAUUGAUAAUACACAGAUUGAUUUGCUAUUGUCUUUUGUUUAAAUUUCCAUAAGUAAUAAAAACCUAAAACCAACCUACAAACAAA